CAGUUUGAGUGUGGGGCCUUUGCUAUUGGCUUUACUGUCAGAGUUGGUUUCUGGGUCUCUUUGUUCCCCGGGGGUCAGCCACUCUCCGUUGGUGACUUUUCCACGCCAGCUUUUGGACCCGAGUGGUUGCUCCCCAGAGAGCUGGAAUUGGGCUGUGUGGAAAUUAUCUCUCACUGACUGAAAAUGCAGGAAGCUUGAGUGUGAAACUCACUCAUCAAAAAGAAAAAACACACACACACAGAGCAAGAAACCACAGGGCUUAUCAGCCUGUCGUCAUCAAGCAGACUAGAAUAGUGCAGAGAACUCUAGGCAGAGAGGAAAUGAACUUGAGAGAAGGGGGAACACACAGGGCAGAGAGGAGAGAAAGAGGGCGGGAGUGGAAGGAGCGAGCUGCAGGGCAGGGCCCGCCAUGGUGGGAGGAUGGAAGACGUGGCGGUGAAGCAGGGCUUCCUGUACCUUCAGCAGCAGCAGACGUUUGGAAAGAAAUGGCGCCGGUUCGGGGCUGUGCUGUAUGGACAGUCGGGCUGCGCCCUGGCCCGGCUGGAGCUCCAGGAGGGCCCGGAGAAGCCGCGCCGGGGAGAGGCUGCCCGGAGGGUGAUCCGCCUCAGUGACUGUCUGCGGGUGACGGAGGCCAGCGGCGAGGCCAGCGGCCCCAGGGACACCAGCACCUUCUUCCUGGAGACCAGGGAGCGCCUGUACCUGCUGGCGGCCCCCACUGCCGAGCGUAGCAACUGGAUGCAGGCCAUCUGCCUCCUCGCCUUCCCGGGCCAGCGGAAGGAGCUGCCGGGGCCGGAGGGGAAGGGCAGCGGGCCCUGCAUGGAGGAGAAUGAGCUGUACAGCAGCACGACCACAGGGGCCUCCUGCAAGGAGUUUGCUGUGACCAUGAGACCCACGGAGGCCAGUGAGAGGUGCCGGCUCCGGGGGGCCUACACCCUCCGGAUUGGAAAGGGUGCCCUGGAGCUGUGGGGGGGCCCGGAGCCGCGCGCCCUUUUGUACGACUGGCCCUACAGGUUCCUGCGGCGCUUUGGGCGCGACAAGGUAACCUUUUCCUUCGAGGCAGGGCGGCGGUGCGUCUCUGGAGAGGGCAACUUUGAGUUCGAAACCCGGCAGGGCAAUGAGAUCUUUUUGGCCCUGGAAGAGGCCAUCUCCGCCCAGAAGAGUGUGCCCCCGCCUGGGCCGCAAACCCAGCCAGCCCCAGCCGCAGCCCCAGCCCCAGCCCCAGCCGCAGCCCCAGCCCCAGCCACAGCCCCAGCCCCAGCAGUGCUGCCCCGGCCUGAGAGCCCGUACUCUCGGCCCCACGACUCACUGCCACCGCCUUCACCCAGCGCCCCUGCACCCGCCUCCCGGCCGCGCCCGGAGGGGGAAUAUGCAGUGCCCUUCGAUGCGGUGGCCCGAAACCUGGGGAAGAGCUUGAGGGGCAUCCUGGUGGUGCCUCCCCAGCCCCGGGCUGACCCUCUGUAUGACAGCAUCGAGGAGCACCCGCCUUCACGAUCCGACCACAUAUAUGAUGAGCCCGAGGGCGUGGCGGUCCUGUCCCUGUACGACAGCCCACAGGAACCCCGGGGUGAGGCCUGGAGGAGGCAGGCCACAGCCGACAGAGACCCCAGCGACCCCCAGCACAACUACCCAGUGGGGCAGGUCUUUGCUGCCUCCGGGCUGCCCCGGGAAACCGAGUAUGACAAUGUCAUACUUAAGAAAGGCCCGAAGUGACGGUGGGCAGGGUGUCUGGACCCCACUGAAUGCCAGCACUGAGGCGGGCGUACCAGGAAGGGGCUGGAGGCUGGUGAGAAGGAGUGGGAGAGGGAAGGCAGGCCUCCCUUCUAGCUGCUGCCGAUGACUCCUCCUGCCCACCUCGUCCCAGGAGCCUCCCUCCGCUCCUCGCACAACCCGAGGACCGGGGCCUGCUGGGUCUGCUGCGUGAGUCACAAUCCCGAAGCAGGAAGAAUGCCCUGAAGAGACCCACCCACCUCCCACCCUUUCCCACUUCCUCUUGUCCUUUCCGGAGCCUAAGGGAAUCUCAGGCAUUCGGGACAGCAGAGAGAAGGAUGUCAGCAAACGGCUGGCUCCCCGGCUUGCGCAGGCCUCCAGGCUCGUGGGUGUCGGACUUCUCUGUGGCAUUAAACCUUCCU